AUGAGUUCGCAUCAGGAUCUUGAGAAAGGACUUCUUCCAGAGGAAAUCCAUGAACAAGAACGAGGAAUUGGAACCAAAACGGAAUCAACCGCAUACGAAUUCGAUACUGCGAGAAAUCCUUCACAUAAGAAUGAUGCUUCUUCAAAUGUCUCAAUCGGUUACCCCGACUCGAAUCACGAAGGAGACAAAGCAAUGGACCAAGGUCACAUUAAUGAUCUCGCAAGACAAAAGCUCUUUCUCGUCCAGACAGUUACCGAACCUAUAAAAGCCGGACCAUCUCCCCAUCAGGCGCAUACAAAUCCACAAGCCAACGAUCUAACCCGCACAACCACGAAAUCCUCCAGCGGCUCUAGACUAUCCCGCAUAGCGCAUCGAACGGGCACUCCCCGCGCCAAACUCCCACCCCGACCUCUUCCAGUCUCUAAUCUCGCGAAUGGCAUUGUAGGAUGGGAUAGCCAGACGGAUCCCGAGAUGCCUUUGAACUUCCCGGAACCGAAAAAAUGGCUGUUGACGGGCUUACUAGCUAGUAUUACCUUCAUAUCCCCGCUCGCUUCCAGCAUGUUUGCGCCCGGUGUAACAUUCGCGGAUAAGGAGUUCCAUAAUUCGAGUUUAUUACUGAGUUCAUUCGCGGUGAGCAUCUUUGUAUUGGGAUAUGUGGUUGGGCCGUUGAUACUUGCGCCAUUGUCGGAAAUAUAUGGGAGGAGAUACGUUCUUACGGGCGGAAAUGUCAUAUUUUGUAUAUGGCAAAUUGGUUGCGCAUUUGCGCCUAGCUUGGGGACAUUGAUAGGAUUUCGAUUUAUGGCGGGAUUGGGUGGUUCGGGUUGUCUGACUAUCGGUGCUGGUAUGAUUGCGGACCUAUUUCAUGCGGAUAGGAGAGGACUGGCUACUUCACUCUUCAGUUUGGGGCCAUUGUUUGGACCGGUCAUUGGCCCAAUCACUGGAGGUUUUGUAGCCCAAAGAAUUGGCUGGCGUUGGGUCUUCUGGAUCCUCUUUAUAGCCGGCACUCUCAUAACUAUUGGCAUCGAAUGCUUGAAUGUAGAGACUAAUCCACGCCUCCUGAUAAAGCGGAAAGUUGCGCGUCUCUCUAAAGAGCUCAAUCGAUCAGAUCUUCGAAGCGUUUACGACCCAAGGAACUCGGCGCAUCAUUCAACGUCUUCAGUUCUAGCGAACGCAAUGAUUCGACCUCUGAAAAUGUUAAUAUUCAGUCCUAUUGUAUUUAUUUUGAGUCUAUAUAUGGCUGUUGUUUACGGCCUUUUGUAUUUACUUUUCACAACUAUUACGACGGUUUUCACCAGCAAAUAUCAUUGGGCGCCAGAGUUCUGUGGAUUAGCCUACAUCGGUUUAGGUCUAGGUUUCUUCCUCGGUCUCAUAGUAGUUGCUCGUAUCUCCGACGUAACAGUAGUUCGCAUGACUAAAGCAAAUAAUGGGGUCUUUGAACCUGAGAUGAGAUUGCCAGCUUGUAUAUUCUUUGCCUGUUUUAUACCCAUUAGUUUCUUUUGGUAUGGCUGGAGUAUUCAGGAAGGUAUUCAUUGGAUCGUCCCAAUAAUCGGCCUCAUCCCCUUCGGUUUUGGCAUGAUGGGCAUCUUCAUCCCAAUCCAAACAUACGUCAUCGAUUCCUUUCCCUCCUUCGCAGCAUCAGGCAUAGCAGCUCUAACAGUAAGCCGUAGUCUGUUUGGAGCUUUCUUGCCAUUGGCGGGUCCCGCCAUGUAUGAGGCGUUGGGCUAUGGAUGGGGAAAUAGUGUCUUGGGAUUUAUCGCGCUAGCGUUGAUUCCGGCGCCUAUGGUCAUUUAUAAGUUUGGGGGGAGAGUGAGGAAGAGGUUUCCGGUCAAACUUUGA